AUGAGUGGGAAUCCAGGGAAUUCUAUGAGAGCGUUAUUACCAACACCACCGGAACGUGGAUCGUUCCCAUUAGAUCAUGAUGGAGAAUGUCGAGAUAUGAUGCUGCGAUAUUUGAAGUGUAUGAAACUGGUGAAUAACGAGAACGCACCAAAUUGUAGAUUAUUAGCCAAGGAAUACCUUCGUUGUAGAAUGGAGCGAGGGUUAAUGACGCCAGACGAGUGGUCCCAUUUGGGAUUACCUAGUGAUAUAAACAAAAAAGAAAAAGAAAAAGAAAACGUGAAUAUGAAUAGGGAUUUGAACAAGAACAAGGAUAACAAGUAG